UGAUAUUAACACCUUUACCUUAUAAGGUACUUUUUAUAAGAUAAAAUUGUGAAAUCAAAAAGAUAAAAACAAAUAAUAUCUCACAAAAUAUGAAUUAUGAUAAUUAAAUUAAUCUAAAAUAUCGAAUGAAUGGAUAUCUAAGAGUCUCGACUCGUAACACUUGUAUCUUCAAAAAUUUAAAGAUGAAAUUGCCACGGCAGAAGAAAUUUACGAGGGGUUUCUGUCAAUGUCAAAUAGAACAAAACCCAACCAAAUAUUUUUCUGGAAAUAUCUUAAUUAGAUUAUAAAACCAAAAUAUCUCAUAUUAGACGAGAAACCACUGCCAUUCAUUGUUUCCGGAUAAGGUAAAAAUGGCCAUAAGAACAUUAAACAUGGCUUCUUGAGAAAAAAAAAGAAGCUCAAUGAAGCAAUGAAGACUCUUCUCUGUUUAGAAACACCGCAAUUUUACCUUCCAAAGCCUUUUUUAUGGGAUCUAAGAACCCCAACAAUCCUUCCCACAAUCAUCAAAAACCAGAGCCAAAACCAACCCUCAUCAACAUGGGAAUUGCAGGCCAACGCCAAAGGAUUUACGAGCACACCACCAGCUACCGUGAAAGAAAACGCUGCCAACAAAAACUCCAAUAAGAACAAUAACAAUGACGGCGAGCAAAUUCCCCAGGUAGUGUUUGAGAGGAUGAUAGCCAGAAUUUUGGUCUCUGUAGGAGUUCCUUUGGCCACGGGUCUCGCGUUACUGCACUUAUUUGGUAUAGCGAAAGAGCAAAAGUUGUGGGAUGUGCCACUAUGGCUGCCAUUCUUGACUACAUUCAUAACUUUUGGGGCAUCAACGCUUGGGAUUGCUUAUGGGACUUUGUCCGCGAGUUGGGACCCGGAGAAGAAGGGUUCUUUUCUGGGAUUGGAAGAAGCUCAACACAAUUGGGUUGAAAUGUGGAAAGAGGAAAACGACGAGCAGUGGUGAAUGGUGAUUGCCGCUGAGGCCAGCCGAUUGGAUCAACAUCAGGCCGUUUUCCCUUUAGUUUGAGUAGUAAUUACGACUCUUUAAUGGAACAAAAAAGAAACAGUCCUCUACUCGUUUUCAUUGUCGAAUAAUAAAGAAAUACUUCAACUAUAUAUAUAUUUUGGAUAAUUUUAA